AACGGCUCAGUUCUCAUUACCCCUCGCACUCGCUCACUGUGGUUCCUAACGUUUAUGUUCCUGGUGUCCGUAUUUGUUUGGUCCGACUUCAGGAUGAAGUUAAUCAUCGGUGCUCCGAUCUGGUGCUUGUUUCUGACUGUGGGAAAAUGCACUGAAGAGACGAUGCAGGAGAAUGAGGCCCAUCAGUCAGCACUGCCAGAGGAAGGCUAUUUUUCUGACUGGGGGAUUGGGGCCGUCCGGGACAGCUUUGACGCAGUUAAUGGCUAUUUUGACUUUGUCUCAGAGCUGCUAGGAGGGAAGAAUGGAGUCUGUCAAUACCGAUGUAGAUAUGGGAAAGCACCAAUGCCCAGACCGAGCUACAAGUCUGAAGAGCCCAACGGCUGUAGUUCCUAUUUCCUGGGUCUCAAGGUACCCGAAAGUCUGGAUAUGGGUAUCCCAGCCAUGACGAAGUGCUGCAACCAGCUGGAUGUAUGUUAUGACACCUGUGGUGCCAACAAAUACCGCUGCGAUGCCAAGUUCCGCUGGUGUUUGCAGUCCAUCUGCUCUGACCUUAAACGCAGCCUUGGCUUUGUCUCCAAGGUGGAAGCCUGCGAAUCCAUAGCGGAUACAGUAUUCAGAACGGUCCGGACUCUGGGCUGCCGCCCCUUUAUGAACAGCCAGAGAAGUGCCUGCAUUUGUAGCGAGGAAGAACGAGAUGAAUUGUGAGGUGAACAUUGAGCUGCCUGACAGUGACUGCUCUGACUAUAUGCUUAGAAGAGGCUCGGACUUCUACCCUCUAAACAGGUGCAAUUUUGAUCAUGGCAGGGUUAGCGGAGCAGAUCAUUGCAACCGCAAAGGCAUUCACUGCAGCUUUGAAGGCGAGACUGGUUGAGAGAAGACUGCAAUUGCUGGAGGUAGCCUUGUCCUGACCCCCUUCGUCUGCUCUGUCUGAUGGCUUCUGUCACCCUCCCAGCGUACCUCUUGACUUGAUGACAACCCUCCGUGAAGACCCACUGAGCUGUGUGUGAGCAUUCCAGACAUUGCAAAGGAGGCAGAGACGACAGGCUGGCACCCAUGAUAAUACAUCUCUGCAGCUAAUAGCUGCUGCAACAGACCUACCCAUUUUACCAGGCACACUUAACUCUGUCAUCACUUUUUAGAUAGUGCGGACUGAGCAAUACAAACCCUACACUGCUGGGGGGGGGGAAAUUAUAUAGGUGCAGGGCUGUACCAGCCAUCCUCGAUCACGGACUGCUUCACAGAACGGUAGAUUGUGGGAAUUCUCCUUGGGCAGGGGGGAGCAGGGGGCAAAAACAAAUGGGACAAUAACAAGAGCACAUUCUCUAUGGUUUCCGAAAUUGUCAUUAAUUUUAUUUCCACUCAGGCAUUAUUCCACUUAAAGAGAAACAACAUUUGCAUCGUUUAAUAACAAGGGAGAAAGGAACAAAUGUUAUAUUUAGCACAAGAAAAGCUUAAAAUAUAGACAGUUGUAAAACUAACUUUUAUUAAAUAAUGGAGAUUGUUCAAAAUAUAUUGCUUGUAUUGUUCCAAAAUAGACCCAAUGUACAGACGGUUUUACUCAUCCCAAAUGGAAGGAUUGCUGACAUUUUUGUAUUGAAAUUAGUUUUCUAACCAUAACUUGCCACAACUAAACUUCCUUAUCUGACUCAAGAUUAUCUGAAACUCUUGGAAAUGUUUUUGCAUUGUCCAACCAGUUACAUGUGGAAGGUUCGGGGCCAUUUUUGCCCCUUGUACUCACACUGCAGGCUGCACUCAACCCUGAAUUUUUUUUUUAAACAGAAUCUGAAAAAUUGGCAGUUUACUGUUGGUGGCAAACUGCCCUGUACAAGGGUUAACUUUAACAUGGGACAAAAGACAAUUUAAUUAAUUUAACUACAAGGAGUAAAUUUAGGUGGCUGGAAAGCUAAAUUUGACCCUUGCAGCAGCACUAUGGAAACCUAUACCGCCGCUGAAUUGAGCAGCGUGGUAGGGAGCAGCUGAGACUAUAUCAGGAUGGGCAUAUUUGGAUCACGGGCUAUGUGUUACUGAUCCCUGAUUUACAUUAUAUUUGCCUUGCAUUAACUACAGGUCAUUAUUAAUCCUUCAGUGGUCACAGAGGGGGAAAUCAGCCGUGCUGUUAUCUGGAUACCUGUGUGUUAAUCUGGUGUUGUAGAGAGCUUUGACACUUGUCCAGAUUGCAGGUUACUCUGCCACUGAUUCACCUCAUGUUUGGAAGACUUUCUAGGGCCAGAUCUAUACCUUGUGACAAAUCAUUACGAUCCCACCAUGAUAACACUAUAUCCUAGGGUGACCAUAUGUAAAGGAGGACAGGGCUCCUAUAUCUUUAACAGUUGUGUAGAAAAGGGAAUUUCAGCAAGUGUCAUUUGUAUGCAUGCAGCACCUGGUGAAUUCCCCUCUUCAUCACAGUAGUGAAAACUGCAGGACUAUAGCUGGAGUGACCAGAUACAAAAGAGGCCAGGGCUCCUGCAGCUUUAACUGUUGUGAUGAAGAGGAAAUUUCACCAGGUGCUGCAUGCAUGCAAAUGACACCUGCUGAAAUUCCCUUUUCAAUACACUGUUAAAGAUACAGGAACCCUGUCCUCCUUUUCAUAUGGUCACCCUACUAUAUCCCUCUUCUGCAUUUAUAUCUCGAAGGACACCUAAAGCUCCAUCACACUGGGGGUUAACACGCUCCCUACCUUCGCUUCUCCACCCAUGUUUUCCUUCCUCAGUUACUUCCUCUUUUCAAAAGAGGAAGUACAGAACGAGCAUGAGGCCCAUUGAAUCUGCUGUUCUAAUGGCGCUGCUUCUCCUACACACAGCAGGAGAGAGCAGUGAUUCCAAGUUUUUAAAAAAAUCAGACUUAAGGAGGGGUUUUGUUUGUUACACAAGGAAGGGCAGAAGGGGCGCGGGAGGCAGACAACGUCAUGUGAGGGACCUGAGCAAACUCCGUGAGUGCCCAGUAAUGAGCGUGCAAUAAAAUGCUCGUCGGAUGGAGCUCAUAAUGACAUUUGUUGUAGUAUUUUGGAUAAUGUGGAAUAAAAAGCAGUAAAUAACACUAUGAAAUUGGUUUAUUAACUGUAUAAACAGUUAUCAGUGCAUUUCAAUACUGCUAUAAAGCAGUAGUGUAGAUCCAGCCCAGGUCACCAAAACAUUUUUUAAAAAUCGGCCUUGGUUUUUCUGUUUUUAAAAUCAUUAAGUGUGCCAGUUUAUGUUGUCGGUGCAUUGCAGCCAGUGUCCCCUUCCCCCUUCUAUCUCCGUGUUAGCGUAGCCUUGUGAAAACUCAGAACUCCUAUUUAUGUGAUUAUCUAGACAUUUUGGAUGCUCUUUGAAUAAAUAAUUUGUAACAGAA